AUGUUGAGAUCGUUUAAACCAACUUCUGUCCAACAAAAAUUCGCUCAAUUCGUUAGAUUUGCAUCCACCAAGAAAUACGACGUCGUUGUCAUUGGUGGUGGUCCAGGUGGAUACGUUGCUGCUAUCAAGGCAGCACAAUUGGGUUUGGACACCGCCUGUAUUGAAAAAAGAGGAGCAUUGGGGGGUACUUGCUUGAAUGUAGGUUGUAUUCCAUCCAAAUCAUUAUUGAACAACACUCACUUGUUGCAUCAAAUUCAACACGAAGCCAAAGAUAGAGGUAUUGCCAUUGAUGGUACAGUUGGCGUUGAUUUUGCCAAAUUGAUGGCUGCCAAAGAAAAGUCUGUCAAGCAAUUAACUGGGGGUGUCGAAUCCUUGUUUAAAAAGAAUAAAGUCGACUACUUGAAAGGAACUGGUUCAUUUGUUGAUGACAAAACAGUCAAGGUUCAACCAAUUGACGAAAAUGCAGAACCAAUUGAGGUCGAAGCUGACAACUUUAUUGUUGCUACUGGUUCGGAACCAACUCCGUUCCCAGGUAUCGAAGUUGACGAAGAAAGAAUCGUCACCUCUACUGGUAUUUUAUCCUUGAAAGAAAUUCCAAAAAGAUUAGCAAUCAUCGGUGGUGGUAUUAUUGGUUUGGAAAUGGCUUCAGUAUACUCAAGAUUAGGAUCAAAGGUUACUGUUAUUGAAUUUUUACCAGCUAUUGGUGCCGGUAUGGAUGCCGAAGUUGCAAAGACUACUCAAAAAUUGUUGUCAAAACAAGGACUAGACUUUAAAUUAGGUACCAAGGUCACUAAAGGUGAAAGAGAUGGUGAUAUCGUCAAGAUCGAAGUUGAAGAUGCCAAAUCAGGUAAGAAGGAAGAUAUCGAAGCUGAUGUUUUGUUGGUUGCCAUUGGUAGAAGACCAUACACUGAAGGAUUGAACUUGGAAGCUGCUGGUUUGGAAAAAGAUAACAAGGGUAGAUUAAUUAUCGAUGACCAAUAUAAGACUCAAAAGGAUAACAUUAGAGUUAUUGGUGAUGUUACAUUUGGCCCUAUGUUGGCCCACAAGGCAGAAGAAGAAGGUAUUGCAGCAGCAGAAAUCAUCAAAAACGGUCAUGGUCAUGUAAACUACGCAAACAUUCCUUCCGUUAUGUAUACACACCCAGAAGUUGCAUGGGUUGGAUUGAAUGAACAACAAUUGAAAGAACAGGGAAUUAAAUACACCGUUGGUAAGUUUCCAUUCAUUGCCAACUCAAGAGCUAAAACCAACUUGGAUACUGAUGGUUUUGUCAAGAUCCUCGCCGAUGCUGAAACCCAAAGAGUUUUGGGUGCUCACAUCAUUGGACCAAAUGCUGGUGAAAUGAUUGCUGAGGCUGGUUUGGCUUUGGAAUACGGUGCUUCUGCUGAAGAUAUCGCAAGGACAUGUCAUGCCCACCCCACAUUAUCUGAAGCUUUCAAGGAAGCUGCUUUGGCUGCUUACGACAAACCAAUUAACUUCUAA